AAAAAUUUCAGCUGCUUAUUUUUAUUUUGUCAUUUAAUUUUAGUAAAACUUAAGUAUAAGAGAAGAGUUUUAAGCCGGCAAUCAGUCAACGGCCACGCCGAGCACUACCAAAAUCCGACACAAAACCAGCACCACAACACGUCCACAUCCGCCAUGGCCUCGCCCUCCCAGCACAGUCCGAUGACCAACAACAGCAACUCAUCCUCGCAGAACGGUGGUCCGGUAGCCAUGGGUUCGGUCUCUGGUUUGGGCGCGGGUUCCACAUCCGGUGGUGGUGGCAAGUCAUCCAAUCACUCAACCUCCGCAGCCGGCUCCGAGAACACACCCAUGCUCACCAAGCCGCGUCUCACUGAACUCGUCCGCGAGGUGGACACUACCACGCAGCUGGACGAAGAUGUUGAGGAGCUUCUGCUGCAGAUCAUCGAUGACUUUGUCGAGGACACCGUAAAGUCCACCAGCGCGUUUGCCAAGCACAGGAAAUCGAACAAGAUCGAGGUGCGCGAUGUGCAGCUUCACUUUGAGCGCAAGUACAACAUGUGGAUACCAGGGUUUGGAACGGAUGAGCUGCGUCCAUACAAGCGCGCCGCCGUCACGGAGGCGCACAAGCAGCGCCUGGCCCUCAUCCGAAAAACGAUCAAAAAGUACUAGGCAGGCGGCUGCAGGAUCGAGGCUUCGUGUCGUGUUGGCUUUCAUCCGGAUUUAGCGCAGAUGCCACAAACUAUUUUAAGCUCCAGCGUAGAAUAAGAAACAAAUUUACCCACGUUCUAGCGUAGUUAUAAAGGAAUAAAGUAUAUAUUGAUUUUACAUUUUAA